GUACGCUAGCCACAGCAGCGCUGGGCAGGCGAAACUCACAGGCCUUCUUCGCGGACAAGGCGCAAACACUGCUGAUCUUCGACUGGGACGACACCCUGUUCCCCACGACGUAUGUCCGGGACGAUCUCGACUUGAGUUGGAACAAGCCCCUCAAGGACCAGUCCUUGACUUGGGCCGAAAAGGCAGAGGUGGGAAAGAAGCUGGAUCAGUGUGCUGCCCAUGUUGUGGAGCUCCUGAAGAGUGCCUGCAGCUUCGGAAAGGUUGUGCUGGUGACCCUGGCACGAGCACCCUGGGUUUCCGAGUCAUGCAAGAACUUCUAUGUUUCUGUGGGCCGGCUGAUCAACCAGCUGAAGGUGCCAAUCGUUUAUGCGCAAGAAGGAAUACAGGUGGACUACAACAAGUCCCAGAUGACCUCUGAUGAGGAGAUCGAAAGGUUCUGGAGCGCCGUGAAGGGCAAGGCGAUAGCCCGAGAAUGCAGGCAGUUCUACUCCCAAUACGAGGGCCAAAGUUGGAAAAACGUGAUUUCCAUCGGAGAUUCCGAUUUCGAACGCCUGGGCACGCAGAGUGCCAUGGAGGACUACAUGAAAGAGCGAGGCAUCGAACAAGAUGGCCAGCUCGUGGAUGUCGGUGGCCACAUGUACAAAGUCCGUACCAAAACGUUCAAGAUGGUCGACGAGCCCACGAUCGAGGAGUUGACAGUGGAGGUGGAGAUGCUGAAGGCAUGGCUCCCCCUCAUGGUGAAGCUGGACAGCAGCUUUGACGUCAACCUCAACAACGCAGACGAUCCUGAAGUGCUUCAGUCCAUAGAGAAGACGCUGCGUGGUGAGGCUGCCCACUGA